AUGGGCUUAUUUGGUCAGACUCCAGCUACUCAGACAAGCACAGUGGGCUUGUCUGGUCAGACUUCAUCUACUCAGACAAACACAGUGGGCUUAUUUGGUUUCAGAACCUCCACUGGCCAAACUGGCAGCAGCUUGUUUGGGGCAAACACUGGCGCCACAUCUUCCCUAUUUGGCCAGACUUCAGCCACUGGUGCAAUCGGUGGGGCCAGCGCUGGUAUGGCCACAGUUGGGACCACUGUUCCCUUCAACCCACCAAAUGGUCAAGAUACCAUGAUGAAAAGUGGAGUUACCACGAACAUCAACACUAAACACCAGUGUAUCACAGCCAUGAAGGAGUACGAAAAUAAAAGUUUAGAGGAACUUCGAAUGGAAGAUUACAGCACAAACCGUAAAUCAAAACAGGCAGGCUCAACAAGCACAGUGGGCUUAUUUUUUCAGACUCCAGUUACACAGACAAGCACAGGUUUUCUGUUUGCAGGUGGUCUGGAUUCAGGUCUUCAGCCAAGCACAACAGGCUUUGGAAGUUCAUCGAGGCUUGAUAGUGGAUCUGUUUUUGGAGGUACAAUCAGAAAAUGUAAAAAAGUAUACAGAAGAACCAAAAGAUAA